GUCAAAUGUGUUCCAAAGGUAAGUUUAUGCGCAGCUGCAAUCUCGCUCUGUAAGCCGCUGACAGUAGACGAGGAAGUUAAACACUGUAGUGGUCAAGUUCCUCUUUCAAACGUGUAGGAACAUGAAGUUGGCAAUUCUGUCAGGGCACUAUUGAUGUUGAGCUCAAAACCGGUUCCUGGCUUUCGGUUGAAAGGAUGAAACUGAAAUAUUGUAGGACUAAACACUUUUUCUGUAUUUAAAUCAACUUUGGCUUUGAAGUCACCUCUGCAUCUUCUUCUCACUGGAUUAAACAUCUCAUCCAGCCUAUCUAAUGGUUCCACCACUGAGUUUCAGCACAAGAUGGUGUGCUGUGAAUUUGACUGUUUGACCGAGGCUUGGCAGAAAUGUCAGAGUCAAGAGGACAACUGAUGAGUAAAUGUGGACUUCCCAGGUUCCUGAUUGGAUGUGAGGAUGGUAAGAGCAGAGAACUGGAUGAUAGAGACAUGAGGAACAUCUCAGGUCCGUAUGGAGAUGAGGAGGACGAUGAGGAACAGUCAGAACGUCAGAUCAUGGUGGGCAUCUGCUCCAUGACUAAGAAGUCUAAAUCCAAACCGAUGACUGAAAUUCUGGAGAGGCUCUGUAAGUUUGAGUACAUCACAGUGGUGAUUUUUCCAGAGGAAGUUAUUCUCAAUGAACCAGUGGAGAAGUGGCCCUUGUGUGACUGCCUUAUUUCCUUCCACUCCAGAGGAUUUCCCCUUGACAAAGCAGUGAGUUAUGCCAAACUACGAAGCCCUCUCCUGAUCAACGACCUCAAUAUGCAGUAUUUCAUUCAGGACAGGAGGGAAGUGUACAGGAUUCUGCAGGAAGAGGGCAUUGAUCUUCCACGCUAUGCAGUGUUGAACCGAGACCCUGACAGACCAGAGGGUAAAGAGUGCAACCUGGUGGAGAGUGAGGACCAUGUGGAAGUAAAUGGAGAAGUAUUUCAGAAGCCCUUUGUGGAGAAACCCGUCUCCGCAGAGGACCACAACGUCUAUAUCUAUUAUCCAACCUCGGCUGGAGGGGGCAGCCAGCGUCUCUUUAGAAAGAUUGGCAGUCGGAGCAGUGUGUAUUCUCCGGAAAGUAACGUACGAAAGACUGGAUCGUACAUCUAUGAGGAAUUCAUGCCCACAGAUGGCACAGAUGUAAAGGUUUACACCGUAGGGCCUGAUUACGCUCACGCUGAGGCCCGCAAGUCUCCUGCUCUAGAUGGGAAAGUGGAGAGAGACAGUGAAGGGAAGGAGAUUCGCUAUCCAGUGAUGCUCACUGCAAUGGAGAAACUUGUGGCCAGAAAAGUGUGUCUUGCUUUCAAGCAAACAGUCUGCGGUUUUGACCUCCUCCGUGCAAACGGGCACUCUUUCGUAUGUGAUGUUAAUGGAUUCAGCUUUGUAAAGAACUCCAUGAAGUACUAUGAUGAUUGUGCCAAAGUCUUGGGGAACAUGGUGAUGCGAGAGCUGGCUCCUCAGUUCCACAUCCCCUGGUCUAUCCCCAUGGAAGCGGAGGACAUCCCUAUUGUCCCAACUACCUCAGGAACCAUGAUGGAACUUCGUUGUGUUAUUGCUGUAAUUCGCCAUGGUGACCGUACACCCAAACAGAAGAUGAAGAUGGAGGUUAGGAAUGCCCUGUUUUUUGAUCUGUUUGAAAAAUAUGGCGGUUAUAAGACCGGGAAACUCAAACUGAAGAAACCAAAACAGCUCCAGGAAGUGCUGGACAUUGCUCGUCAGCUCUUGGCAGAACUGGUCCAGCACAAUGACUGUGAGAUUGAGGAGAAGAAAUCCAAACUUGAACAGCUGAAGACUGUUCUGGAGAUGUACGGUCAUUUCUCAGGGAUCAACAGAAAAGUGCAGCUGACUUAUCUGCCAAAUGGACAGCCAAAAGCAUCAAGUGAAGAGGAAGACUCUUUAAAGGAGGGCCCAUCACUGCUCCUGGUGCUGAAGUGGGGGGGUGAGCUGACCCCUGCAGGUAGAGUUCAGGCUGAGGAGCUUGGACGGGCCUUUCGUUGCAUGUACCCUGGAGGACAAGGAGACUAUGCCGGCUUUCCUGGUUGUGGCCUUCUCCGUUUACACAGCACUUACCGCCAUGACCUCAAAAUUUACGCCUCCGAUGAGGGUCGUGUGCAGAUGACUGCGGCAGCGUUUGCAAAAGGUCUCUUAGCACUGGAAGGGGAGUUGACUCCAAUCCUCGUUCAGAUGGUGAAGAGUGCUAACAUGAACGGACUGCUGGAUAGCGACAGUGACUCUCUCACAGACUGUCAGCAGAGAGUCAAAGCUCGAUUACAUGAGAUCAUGCAGAAGAACAGAGAUUUCAGUGAGGAAGACUACAAGAAGCUGGCUCCAACAAGUAGCCCUUCUCUGGUAAACUCCAUGGGUGUAAUUGGUAAUCCUGUCAGGACUUGUGACCAGGUUCACACCCUCAUUCAAAGCCUCACAUGUCAGAUCUGCAAAAGGCUGGAAGACCCCAAGUCUGCAGAUCUGCAGCUGUACCACAGUGAGACUCUAGAGCUAAUGCUACAGCGGUGGUCCAAACUGGAGCGAGACUUCCGUAUGAAAAACGGGCGCUAUGACAUCAGUAAAAUCCCGGAUAUCUACGACUGUGUAAAGUAUGAUACCCAACACAACAGCUCUGUGGGACUGGAGGACACACUGGAGCUUUUCCGCCUGUCGAGAGCACUUGCAGACAUCAUCAUCCCUCAAGAGUAUGGAAUCACUAAAGCAGAGAAGCUUGACAUCGCUAGUGCCUACUGUCUGCCUCUAGUGAAGAAGAUUCAACUGGAUCUACAGAGGACACAUGAGGACGAGGCUGUCAACAAGUUGCAUCCACUGUGGUUCAGGUAUUCGCGAGGAGUGAUGUCUCCGGGUCGGCACGUUCGGACCCGGCUCUAUUUCACCAGCGAAAGCCAUGUACACUCCCUGCUCAGCAUUUUCCGUUACGGAGGCCUGUUAGACGAGCAAAAAGAUGAACAGUGGAAGCAGGCUAUGGACUACCUCAGUGCCGUGACUGAACUUAACUAUAUGACUCAGAUUGUUAUUAUGCUCUAUGAGGACAACAACAAGGAUCCUUCCUCAGAAGAGCGCUUCCAUGUUGAACUGCACUUUAGCCCAGGGGUAAAGGGAUGCAAGGAUGAGGAUAAUGCUCCAUUGGGAUUUGGGUUCCGUCCCGCCUCUUCAGAGAAUCACGAGAAGCAGACAGACCAAGGCAGUCUCGAGGACCUUUCCCAAGACGAGCCCGACAGAGCCGCACCCUCUGAGCCAAUCAGCAUUCAGAGAAAGUCGCCACUUAUCCGCAACCGCAAGGCUGGAUCUAUGGAGGUCCUUUCAGAGAGCAACGCUUCUCGUGGAUCGGCGUAUCGUAUGUUCCCGUCAUCUUCCCGUCAGUCUCCUGAGAUCAAACCCAGCGGACUAGGCGCCCAGUGUGCAGGCCUCUUCAGUGCCUCCUUUCCCAACCUGAGAGAUCUAACACGACCUCACCGCAAAAAGCCCUUCUCGCCCUGGAGUCUGUCUUCUCAAGGUGAGCUGCUCUCUAUGCCGGCAGUAAAGAGAUUUUCUGUGUCGUAUGCCAGGCAUCCGACUAAUGGGUUUGAAGGCUGCUCCAUGGUGCCCUCUAUCUAUCCACUAGAGACACUGCAUAACUCACUGUCACUCAAGCAGGUGGAUGAAUUCCUCACAGCAGUGUGCAAGAAUGGGAGUGAGACACAAUUCAAGAGGAUGAAAUCUCUGUCCGCCAUGUUUGACUCCCAUGCCCAGCCCUCCAUAGAUGUUGAAAGUCCGGAGACCCCAGUGACCACCCCAGUCCAGCUGACCCAACCACCAAACCGGCCUCUUUGGUACAGCAGCGGUCCUCCCAGCACGGUAUCCAGUGCCGGUCCAUCGUCGCCAUCAGUAGCAGAGCCCUCAUCAAACUUCAGCUUUAACAGCGAGUAGACAUCUUGGUUACACACAUUGUCAAUGAUUUCUGCAGUGAUGAUAAAAGCAUUUUCUUUUGACACUGAUCUCAGAUCAGUUCUCCAGUCUCUACUUAAAGGGAUAGUUCACCCAAAAAUUAAAAUUUUCUCAUCAUUUACUUAUUCUUUCUCAUCAUAUUCUUUCUUCUGCUGAACACAAAUGAAGAUUAUUUUAAGAAUAUCUCAGAUCUGUAAGUCCUCACAAUGCAGGUGAAUGGGUACCAAAAUGUUG